CGCUGUAGUGGGAUCUCUCUCCGUUCUACUGUGCUGUGCUCUGUGCAUGCCACCAUUGCUGCUGCAGAGAAGGUGAACACAAACAGGGAGCGCUAGUGGUAGAUGGACGCAGCAGAACAUCACGUGGAGGAGACCAAGGAGGAGGAAGCAGCGCAGGUGAUGGAGACGACGACGGCGCACUCUCGGUUCGGGAGGAUCUGCGUCUUCUGCGGAAGCAGCCAGGGGAAGAAGAAGAGCUACCAGGACGCUGCCGUCGAGCUCGGCGAGGAGCUGGUCUCGAGGAACAUCGAUCUGGUCUACGGUGGGGGAAGUGUCGGGCUAAUGGGCCUGGUCUCUCGAGCGGUCUACAAUGGAGGGAGGCACGUCAUGGGGGUGAUUCCCAAGACCCUCAUGCCGAGAGAGAUAACAGGUGAGACGGUUGGGGAGGUGAAGGCUGUGGCAGGUAUGCAUCAGAGGAAAGCUGAGAUGGCCAGGCAAUCUGACGCCUUCAUAGCACUUCCUGGAGGGUAUGGAACCCUUGAGGAGCUGCUGGAAGUGAUCACCUGGGCGCAGCUUGGCAUUCACGACAAGCCGGUUGGCCUGCUAAACGUGAACGGAUACUACAACUCCCUGCUGUCCUUCAUCGACAAGGCCGUAGAGGAAGAGUUCAUCAGCCCGACUGCUCGCCACAUCGUCGUCCUGGCACCGACGCCAAAGGAACUGCUUGACAAGCUAGAGGAGUAUUCCCCGCGGCACGAGAAGCUAGGUCGUGCCGAAGACGAGGUGGGAGACGGAGCAGCUGAUGAGCAACUGCAAGAGCUGCGAGGUCCCGCCGGGGCUCAAGCUCAAAGAUGGGAAGCCGAUCGUCCAGGCGCAGAGAGCUAGGAACCAUGCUCUGAAUUAGUGCCAGUAGCACGCGCCUAAUGUCGGGAUAUCGACUGGUCAAUGUAAUCUGGUAUUGGCUAUGUAUCAGCUGUAUUUAUUCUAGGAGAUGAGAUUUUUAUGUGCGUUAUGCAAUUCGAGUUUCUAGUAGCAGAUGCAAAUGAGGAGGUGUUACUGGACUA